CCUUCCCUGCAUCUACCUUCUUCCUAACUCACACAUCUUUCCCAUCCCAGUUUUCUUUUUCCAUUUUCUCGCCUCAGCCUGCCUGUGCCUCCCUCCCAAAUCCACAUACCCUUUCCUGCCUCUCCCUUCCUGUCUUGCUUGCGAUGCCGCUCCCUCCGUUCUUCCCUGGCUCUCUCUGCUCCCUCAAUCCUGCUUCUGCAAUGGACAAAGCGUUAAGGCACCCAUGGGGGCCUGAAUUCAGAGACUCUGGGAAGGAAGGGGUUAAGGGAUCAUUGACUCCGGAGACUGGGAAGAUAGACUAGAGAGAAGAGUGUGACCUCUAGAUGAAAGGGGUUUCAAGGUAUAGCAGGAGUCAAGAAAGUCCUCGGGGCAAGAAAGAGAAUAAUAGAGUGUGCCAGGGUGAUAGAAAGAAGCUUAAGGCUUCUGCCACAGAUACUCGGAGAAGAGUAAAGUGACGGCAGCUCAUCGAUGAUAAAGCGCCCCAGACGUCUUGUCCCCUCUAUUGGCGGAGGCUAGGGCUGACUCUGCUCUUCGUGGCAGAGCUACUGGACCCAGCAGCAGAGGGCGCUCCUCAAUAAUAGUACAUGGAUAAGAAGUACACCCAAAAAGCCGCUCCCAGCCAGGGCCACUUACCCCUGAGGGCAGGGCAAGACUUCAGUGUGGCCAAGUGGACCAAGCUGGACAGGCUGUUUAAAUAUGGGCAGAAGUAGUGAGUGUGUCACAGCGAACAUCUAAUCCGGAAGUUGGGUGUCAAACAUACAGACAACUGAAAAUUUGGGUGCAGUAAGAACCAAUCUGGGCUGCAUCAGGAAAGAUGGGGAGAAUAAAAGAGACCACUACUGGGUUUGUACUUGCCUCCCAGGAUGCCCUACUCUCUGACCUGGAGACCACCACUUCACACAUGUCACGGUUAGGGGCUCCAAAAGAGCGCCCACCAGAGACACUCACACCUCCCCCACCCUAUGGCCACCAGCCACAGACAGGGUCUGGAGAAUCUUCAGGAGCCUCUGGGGACAAGGAUCAUCUAUACAGCACAGUAUGCAAGCCUCGGUCCCCAAAGUCUGUAGCCCCUGUGGCUCCUCCGUUCUCCUCUUCCAGUGGUGUGUUGGGCAAUGGACUCUGUGAGCUAGACCGUCUACUUCAGGAACUUAAUGCCACCCAGUUCAACAUUACAGAUGAAAUCAUGUCUCAGUUCCCAUCUAGUAAGAUGGCUGAAGGGGAAGGAAAGGAGGACCAAUCUGAAGACAAGAGCAUAACCACUGUCCCUUCCAGCACAUUCCCUGCCCCCUCAAAGCCUUCAGCCACCUCAGCCACUCAGGAGCUAGAUAGACUGAUGGCAUCGCUCUCUGACUUUCGUGUCCAGAACCAUCUUCCGGCCUCAGGGCCACCUCAGCCUCCAGCAGUGAGCCCCACCCGUGAGGGAUGCCCAUCUCCACCAGGACAGACCAACAAGGGCAGUCUGGACACCAUGCUGGGCCUGCUGCAGUCUGACCUCAGCCGCCGUGGUGUUCCCACUCAGGCCAAGGGCCUCUGUGGCUCCUGCAAUAAACCUAUUGCUGGGCAAGUGGUUACCGCCCUGGGUAGAGCCUGGCAUCCGGAGCACUUCCUUUGCAGAGGUUGUUCCACAACCCUGGGAGGCAGCAGUUUCUUCGAGAAGGAUGGGGCUCCCUUUUGCCCUGAGUGCUACUUUGAGCGCUUCUCCCCACGAUGUGGCUUCUGCAACCAACCCAUCCGACAUAAAAUGGUCACCGCCUUGGGCACCCACUGGCACCCAGAACAUUUCUGCUGUGUCAGCUGCGGGGAGCCUUUUGGAGAAGAGGGUUUCCACGAGCGGGAGGGCCGCCCCUACUGCCGGCGGGACUUCCUGCAGCUGUUCGCCCCGCGCUGCCAGGGCUGCCAAGGACCCAUUUUGGAUAACUACAUCUCGGCACUCAGCGCGCUCUGGCACCCAGACUGCUUCGUGUGCAGGGAAUGCCUCGCGCCCUUCUCCGGAGGCAGCUUCUUUGAGCACGAGGGUCGCCCACUGUGUGAAAACCAUUUCCACGCUCAGCGUGGUUCGUUGUGUGCCACGUGUGGCCUCCCUGUGACUGGCCGCUGUGUAUCUGCUCUGGGCCGCCGCUUCCACCCAGAUCACUUUACCUGCACCUUCUGCCUACGCCCACUCACCAAAGGCUCCUUCCAGGAGCGUGCCAGCAAGCCUUACUGCCAGCCUUGCUUCCUGAAGCUCUUUGGCUGACCUCCUCUUGGGAUCACAGACCUCCAAAACCACGCCUCCAAAAACCUGUUCUCCCUGAAAAAGACUGGGCCCUCCAGAUCCCUAGCUCUGGAGCUGCCCAGGCAUUCUUGCCUGUACUCCCACCUCCAUCCCCACUAUGGCCCGGCCACUGGAGAGUGCUCCAGGUUUGUCAAGCUCAGCAAGGGCCCCACUAGCUCUCACUUUGACACGAUUCUGGUUUUCUAAUCUGACGGAUUAGAGGCCAAGAUGUCCCAGUUCACCCAUGGCUCACUGUUCUGUACUUUUUUUUUCUACAAACAUAAAAACACGCUCCACAUCUCA